UUGGAGUAAUUUUUGGUAUUGAGAAAAGAGAAAUUUUCUAUAUAUGUAAAUUUUCAAGCUUUGAUUUUUACCUACCACUAAAUUCUGCUUCUUUUAUAUCCUAGUAACAUCUUUUGUUUCUUUGAGUCAUCCCUUCCCUUUGUAAAUUACAAUAGAAAAAAUAAAAGGAAAGAAUUUCACUCCCUUUCUCAGAAGAUUUUGUUGAGCAAAAAAUCUGUAUUCUUUUAAGGCUUUCAUUAUUCUGGGUUUUUUUUAAAAAAAAUUAUAUUAUAUUAUAUAUUAUUGAAAAGGAUCUUCCAUGGUCAUGUUGAUCCAAAUGUGAGAGCUUUUUUCCGUGUCUUGCUUGUAACUCAUCCUCUUAUUAUUUCUUUAAAUAAAACCCAUUUUCAAGACUCAGCCUUUGUUCAAAUUUCCAAGCUGCAAGCUUGAAAAGAUUGACACUUUCAUGGUUCAAAGCUUGUAACUCCCUCUCAUUCUUUGACAAAGCCCUUGUUAACCUUUGUCUUCUUUUCUCUUGAUCUAUCAAGGACGGGAAAAAAUGUUUGGUACCCAAAGUAAAAGAGACCUUACUUUGGAAUUGCAAGCACAAUUUCCAAUUUUAAGGCCAAGCAUCCAUGCAAGAAGAGCUAAUCUUACAGUGAAAUUCCAAGACCUUUAUGGGUUUACUGUUGAAGGUAAUGUGGAUGAUGUUAAUGUGUUGAAUGAGGUAAGAGAAAAGGUAAGGCAACAAGGGCGAGUUUGGUGGGCACUUGAAGCAAGCAAAGGAGCCAAUUGGUAUUUACAGCCACAAGUUUCUUCAUUAUCGGAAGGAAUUGUGUUGAAAUCUUCACUCAAAUUGGCAGCUUUGGCUAAUUCUAUUACACUGAAGAGGCUUAUUAGGAAAGGUAUUCCCCCUGUACUUAGGCCUAAGGUUUGGUUUUCGCUAUCCGGUGCCGCCAAGAAGAAGUCUACGGUGCCUGAAAGUUAUUACAAUGAUUUGACAAAGGCGGUAGAUGGUAAAGUAACACCUGCUACAAGGCAGAUUGAUCAUGACCUUCCACGAACCUUCCCUGGCCAUCCAUGGUUGGAUACUCCAGAGGGCCAUGCUGCUCUCCGGCGUGUGCUUGUGGGGUAUUCUUUUCGUGAUUCUGAUGUAGGUUACUGUCAGGGCUUAAACUAUGUUGCUGCAUUGCUAUUGCUUGUUAUGAAAACGGAGGAAGAUGCAUUUUGGAUGCUUGCUGUCCUCCUCGAGAAUGUUUUAGUUAAUGAUUGCUAUACAAAUAACUUAUCUGGAUGCCAUGUUGAGCAAAGGGUUUUUAAAGAUUUGCUUGCUAAGAAGUGCCCAAGGAUUGCUGCUCAUUUGGAAGCAUUGGAGUUUGAUGUCUCCCUCGUUGCGACAGAGUGGUUCCUGUGCCUCUUUUCUAAAAGCUUGCCUUCGGAGACAACUCUGCGGGUGUGGGAUGUCCUUUUCUACGAGGGGGCAAAGGUUCUUUUUCAUGCUGCUUUGGCAAUAUUUAUGAUGAAGGAAGACGAGUUGCUUCUAACGCAUCAGGUUGGCGACAUUAUUAAUAUAUUACAAAGAACUACCCAUCACCUUUUUGAUCCUGAUGAGUUAUUGACAGUUGCGUUUGAUAAGAUCGGUUUUAUGACGACAAACACAAUAUCAAAGCAAAGGAAAAAGCAAGAACCAGAAGUAAUGAAAGAGCUUGAUGAGAGACUAAGAAGACUAAACUCUCUCAGAACUGAUGACAAAUAACAGUUUGCUUGAAUGGGAAGAUCAAGUUGUACAUCAAACGUUCAAUGAUGAACCCCUUGCCCCGAAGUUGAAGAAUAUGAAAUUAAUACUCUUUAUAUUCACUCUCCUAGCGACCAGGUAAAAUGUAAAUUUUGAAUCCGUACACUGUUUAAACAGCAGAAGUUAGUUGCAAAUGAAUCAGGGCAUUGUUGAAUUUGCAGUGCCCCUAAUGAUUUUAUAAA